AUGCGCGGCCGCCGAGUAAAGGCGCGGACCUUGAGCGACGGCACCGAGGUGUUGGAGACGAUCUACUUCGACGCCGACGCUUUACGCGCCAACGAGCAUCUCGCCGCGCAGCUCGAGUUGCUGCUAUCCUCACGAUUGUGGGGCAACGCCCAGACGAUCGAGGACGUCUUCAAUCCGAGAAUCGUCGACGACGGCGUGUGCUCGGUGACGGCGUUUACCCACAAGCACCAUGGCGUCCUGGAGCCGUAUUACUUCUGGCUCGCACGCUUCGGCGGCAACGCGAAUGGCCACGUGAUCCGGGGCGAUGCUGGUCCCUCGGAGGAGUAUCUCCCUGGCGAGAGAUGCACCACUCCGCCGUCGCAAGGGUUGCCGCUUACCUACUCUCGAGAGAUGGUAGUCGUGCGGUCUCUCCUCGGCGGCCCGUGGGUGGCCGUCGCGCAGAACGUCGACGACGACCUCACGUGGACGUGCCCCACGAAUCCCGCGCCCGAGGGCUUCAUGGAGCGCUUCCGCGCGGUCGUCGAGAAAGAGUAAACAGUCACUUAUCACACA